CUAAAGGACAUUAUAAUGCAAGAAGCCCCCUUUUUAACCACAAACCGAAUUUUCUUUCAUUUAGGUGAUCUAUAUAUAUCUAUAUAGUAUAGCUUAUAGCUUAUAUCUAUUUUAAAUAACUUAAAGCCGCUAAAAUUUUGGGGGGAACAGCCUUCGCCCUGGAGCGGUGCGCGAUGCUGUCUCACGCCGACCUCCUGGACGCCAGACUAGGUAUGAAAGAUGCCGCCGAGCUCCUGGGCCACCGGGAGGCGGUGAAGUGCAGGCUGGGCGUGGGGGGCUCCGACCCCGGGGGCCAUCCGGGCGACCUCGCGCCCAGCGCCGACCCAGUGGAGGGAGCCACCCUGCUGCCCGGGGAGGACAUCACCACCGUGGGCUCCACGCCCGCCUCGCUGGCGGUGAGCGCAAAGGACCCGGACAAGCAGCCGGGGCCCCAGGGCGGCCCGAACCCCGGCCAAGCCGGCCAGCAGCAGGGCCAGCAGAAGCAGAAGCGCCACCGGACGCGCUUCACCCCGGCGCAGCUCAACGAGCUGGAGAGGAGCUUCGCGAAGACCCACUACCCCGACAUCUUCAUGCGCGAGGAGCUGGCGCUGCGCAUCGGGCUGACCGAGUCCCGGGUGCAGGUCUGGUUCCAGAACCGGCGCGCCAAGUGGAAGAAGCGCAAGAAGACCACCAACGUGUUCCGCGCGCCCGGCACGCUGCUGCCCACGCCGGGCCUGCCUCAGUUCCCCUCGGCCGCCGCCGCCGCCGCCGCCGCCAUGGGCGACAGCCUGUGCUCCUUCCACGCCAACGACACGCGCUGGGCGGCGGCCGCCAUGCCCGGGGUGUCGCAGCUGCCGCUGCCGCCCGCGCUGGGCCGGCAGCAGGCCAUGGCGCAGUCGCUGUCCCAGUGCAGCCUGGCCGCGGGGCCGCCGCCCAACUCCAUGGGCCUGUCCAACAGCCUGGCGGGCUCCAACGGCGCGGGGCUGCAGUCGCACCUCUACCAGCCCGCCUUCCCCGGCAUGGUGCCCGCCUCCCUCCCCGGCCCCAGCAACGUCUCCGGCUCCCCGCAGCUCUGCAGCUCCCCGGACAGCAGCGACGUGUGGCGGGGCACGAGCAUCGCCUCCCUCCGCCGCAAGGCGCUCGAGCACACAGUCUCCAUGAGCUUCACCUAAUGCAGCCGCCGCCGCCCGGCCCGCUCCGCCCGCCCCGAGGCCCGCUCCCCGCUCCCCCAUCCCCGGGGGCGCACGCCCGGGACCCCGCCCUCUG